AUGUCGGGGCCACUUCAGAGCCGCGAGGAGCCAGUGGAGAGCCGGGCACGACAGCUCCUUGUGUUCCCAGACAAUGGCUCCACACCCGGGGGAUUGUCGAGCACACACAGUCUAUCAGCGCCUGUCCACCGCGCCGCGCUCUUAUCGGGGCUGGCGUCUGCGGAAAUGGCCCUACAGGAGUCCCUACAGGAGGCCCUACAGGAGUCCCUACAGGAGGCCCUACAGGAGUCCCUACAGGAGUCCCUACAGGAGUCCCUACAGGAGGCCCUACAGGAGGCCCCACAGGAGGCCCUACAGGAGGCCCUACAGGAGGCCCUACAGGAGUCCCUACAGGAGGCCCUACAGGAGUCCCUACAGGAGGCCCUACAGGAGUCCCUACAGGAGGCCCUACAGGAGUCCCUACAGGAGUCCCUACAGGAGGCCCUACAGGAGUCCCUACAGGAGGCCCUACAGGAGUCCCUACAGGAGGCCCUACAGGAGUCCUUACAGGAGUCCCUACAGGAGUCCCUACAGGAGUCCCUACAGGAGUCCCUACAGGAGUCCCUACAGGAGGCCCUACAGGAGUCCCUACAGGAGUCCCUACAGGAGGCCCUACAGGAGGCCCUACAGGAGUCCCUACAGGAGGCCCUACAGGAGGCCCUACAGGAGGCCCUACAGGAGGCCCUACAGGAGUCCCUACAGGAGUCCCUACAGGAGUCCCUACAGGAGGCCCUACAGGAGUCCCUACAGGAGUCCCUACAGGAGUCCCUACAGGAGGCCCUACAGGAGGCCCUACAGGAGUCCCUACAGGAGGCCCUACAGGAGGCCCUACAGGAAGCCCUACAGGAGGCCCUACAGGAGGCCCUACAGGAGGCCCUACGGGAGGCCCUACAGGAGGCCCUACAGGAGUCCCUACAGGAGGCCCUACAGGAGUCCCUACAGGAGGCCCUACAGGAGUCCAUACAGGAGUCCCUACAGGAGUCCCUACAGGAGUCCCUACAGGAGGCCCUACAUGAGUCCAUACAGGAGUCCCUACAGGAGUCCCUACAGGAGUCCCUACAGGAGUCCCUACAGGAGUCCCUACAGGAGUCCCUACAGGAGUCCAUACAGGAGGCCCUACAGGAGUCCCUACAGGAGUCCCUACAGGAGUCCAUACAGGAGUCCCUACAGGAGGCCCUACAGGAGUCCCUACAGGAGGCCCUACAGGAGGCCCUACAGGAGUCCCUACAGGAGUCCCUACAGGAGUCCCUACAGGAGUCCCUACAGGAGUCCCUACAGGAGGCCCUACAGGAGGCCCUACAGGAGGCCCUACAGGAGUCCAUACAGGAGUCCCUACAGGAGUCCCUACAGGAGUCCCUACAGGAGUCCCUACAGGAGUCCCUACAGGAGUCCCUACAGGAGGCCCUACAGGAGUCCCUACAGGAGGCCCUACAGGAGUCCAUACAGGAGUCCCUACAGGAGUCCCUACAGGAGUCCCUACAGGAGUCCCUACAGGAGGCCCUACAGGAGGCCCUACAGGAGUCCCUACAGGAGGCCCUACAGGAGGCCCUACAGGAGGCCCUACAGGAGUCCCUACAGGAGUCCCUACAGGAGUCCCUACAGGAGGCCCUACAGGAGGCCCUACAGGAGUCCCUACAGGAGUCCCUACAGGAGUCCCUACAGGAGGCCCUACAGGAGGCCCUACAGGAGUCCCUACAGGAGUCCCUACAGGAGGCCCUACAGGAGGCCCUACAGGAGUCCCUACAGGAGUCCCUACAGGAGUCCCUACAGGAGUCCCUACAGGAGUCCCUACAGGAGUCCCUACAGGAGGCCCUACAGGAGGCCCUACAGGAGUCCCUACAGGAGGCCCCACAGGAGGCCCUACAGGAGUCCCUACAGGAGGCCCUACAGGAGUCCCUACAGGAGUCCCUACAGGAGUCCCUACAGGAGGCCCUACAGGAGGCCCUACAGGAGGCCCUACAGGAGUCCCUACAGGAGUCCCUACAGGAGGCCCUACAGGAGGCCCUACAGGAGGCCCUACAGGAGUCCCUACAGGAAUCCCUACAGGAGUCCCUACAGGAGUCCCUACAGGAGGCCCUACAGGAGGCCCUACAGGAGUCCCUACAGGAGGCCCCACAGGAGGCCCUACAGGAGGCCCUACAGGAGUCCCUACAGGAGUCCCUACAGGAGGCCCUACAGGAGGCCCUACAGGAGUCCAUACAGGAGUCCCUACAGGAGGCCCUACAGGAGGCCCUACAGGAGGCCCUACAGGAGUCCAUACAGGAGUCCCUACAGGAGGCCCUACAGGAGGCCCUACAGGAGUCCCUACAGGAGGCCCUACAGGAGUCCCUACAGGAGUCCCUACAGGAGUCCCUACAGGAGUCCCGGCCUCCGUUAUGUGCAACUUCUACAGAGGGACUGUAG